UCUCCGCGGACGGGAAGGCCGACCGGGAGGUCACGACCCGCAGCUGCCGAGCGUGGAAGUGCUACCGCCGGAACAGUGCGUCGAUGUACGACAGGCGACGGGCCAACCGCCAGCUCAAGAUCCGGCUACUUCAGGCUGAAGUGGUGGAGACUCUCCUGUAUGGGUGCGCCUCGUGGAGCCUAACAGCGGAGCACUACACGAAGCUCAAUGGGACCCACCGCCAGUUCCUUACACGGUGCAUCGGCUGGAGCAAGCGGAAACGCUCAGACCGCCCACCUGUCCUAUUCCCAGGCCCUCAUCCAGGCAGGCUGCGAGGAAACCAUCGAGGCCACCGUGCGCAAACGGAGACUGUGUUUCGCGGGCUUUGUUAUGCGCAUGGAGGACAGCCGCCUCCCCAAGCGCAUGCUGUUAGGAGCGAUGGCGAGGGGCGUGGGAUACCGGGGCGGGCAGGAGAGCGUCUGGGUGUCUCAUCUUGGAGAGGACCUCGUGGCCUUCAACAUGGGAGACGAAAAGGAAGGGGGUAAAUGGAAAGAGAGCGCCAAGGAUCCGGAGGUAGGUGUGGUACAACAAGGUCGAAGACGGGGGGGCAUGGUUCAUGAGGAAAUGGCACAGGCAG